AUGACGGCUGCAGACUCGACCAAGCUCAACAUUGCGCUCGUUUUUGAAAAACAGUCCGAGUUCCUCGAGCUUGGAUAUUCAGAGGAAGAUUGCGCUGACCUAUGCCACAAUGGAGAGAUCGAGGCCAUCUGCACGACGCUCGAGGCGCUGGGCCACCACGUCACCCAAGUGCCGGGGAUCCGGUCCUUGGUCCGACAUCUGGCAGAGCACCAAGGAUCAGGGUGGCAUCUCGUCUUCAACAUGGCCGAGGGCUUCUUUGGGUCCGCCAGAGAGUCACAGGUCCCCUGUCUCCUCGAGGCUUACCAAAUUCCAUUCACGUUUGCCGAUGCAGCGACCUUGUCCUUGUGCUUGAACAAGGCGCAGACCAAGAUGUUCCUCGCUCAUCACAAAAUUCCCACGGCCCAGUUUGUGGUAGUUCCGGGCAAGGAGUCAAGGGUAGACUGGCCCGAGGUUGCGGCGAGCUUGCCGGCCUUUCCCGUGUUUGCCAAGCCGACUUCGGAAGGUUCGGGCAAAGGAAUUGGGGCAUGGAGUAAGGUAGAGGACCAAGAGGCUCUGCGGGCAGUCGUAGACAGACUGCGGGCCCAGUUUCCGGGACGGGACAUUCUCCUGGAACCCUUCCUCUGCGGCCGGGACUUGAGCGUGAGCAUUCUGGGAUCAGACGCCGAGAGCCGCGUUGUGGGUGUGCUAGAGUUCCUCUGGGACAAGCAAAGGCUCAAGGGCGUUCCCUUUGGCACCGCACUCAGCUUCGCGCACCCCGUAGUCCAUCGAGUCCUUGGUGAGGCGGCCGAUGGCCAGGUGAAAAGGGCCUGCAAGGUGGCGCUGCAUACGUGGAGGCUUCUCAACUGCCGCGAUGGAGGGCGGGUCGACAUACGAUUCGACUCAGACCGGCAAGACGCGGUUCCCAACGUGUUGGAGGUGAAUCCGAUUGCCGGCAUGCUUCCCGGCAAGUCUCUGUUUACGCAGACGGCCAAGGGUAUGGGCAUGUCGUUUGCGCAGGUGCUGACGGAGAUUGUGGACAGUGCCAUGCGUCGAGCACGCCGGAGAUAG